UUUUUUUUUUUUGAAACAAUAAACAGCGAUAUCAUUUUGUUUAUUCAGUGUUCAGAUAAAACGUGGAAGUUUUUAAAAGGAUUAGAUCUCACGUAGUUGUGUAAAAGAAACCAAAAAGUAGAGAUAAGAAAGAUGUUAUUCCUGAACAACUUUCUGGCAUGUACUGGUAACCAUGGUAAAGAAUAAGUGUCUCAAUUUACAAUGUCUCACUACAUGAGAGCAGAGCGCAAGCAAUUUGUGCGUAAUCCGACGGAUUUUAUCAUCAGACCAUUACAGAGACAGAGGGAAACCGGGGAGCUCUGCGAUGUUGUUCUUUGUGUACACGGGAAGGAAUUUCGUGCCCAUAAAGCCAUUCUGGCGUUAUGGAGUCCAUAUUUCCUAUCAAUGUUUACGUGUGAAAUGAGAGAAAAAACAUGCGAAUUCAUCAACCUGUCAGAAUCUCUUAUUCUAGAAGAUCCAGAUAUAUUUGGCUUAGUUUUGGAUUAUCUUUAUACUGGUGCAAUAACAUUAAAUAUUUCCAAUGUUGAAGAUGUUUUAAAGAUCACCGAUUUUCUCCUGUUGGACGAUGUGAAAGACUUCUGUCGUCAAUUUUACUUGGAUUUGGGAAAUCUAGACCUGUCAAAUUGUUUGAGGGUGAACUUUCUAGCAGAAAACCACAAUCUCCCAGAAGUUGCUGCUGCAUGCCGAAAUAUAAUUGAAUCAAGAUUCCAUGACUAUCUAAUUUUUCAUGAUGAAAUUAUUGAUCUACCUCCACAAAAUCUAUUCAGGUUGCUUGAGACACCAAGAGUUGUUCACAAUACAAACUACAAUGAUUUAAAACGAUUAGUUAAACGAUGGACAGACCAUGAAAAGUCUUCUCGUGUUGUUUACUUUGAUGAUCUGGUAUCAUGCAUCAAGCUUUGUCUUUAUGAUUCAUGUGAAGUUACCAGCACCAUCGCCAGCUUUGAAAUCAAGAAGAAAACUCAUAUGCAGUCCUCGCUCUGUGAGAAAAACAGUGAACCUAGUAGCCAUCUGAGUCAUCGAUUUGAAAAUGUCCUGCACAGUUCCAUUAACUACGGAGAUGGGGUUAGCCCUGUUCUGUAUGCAGUUGUCAGUAAUCCUGGGAUGAAAUAUUUCAAAAUGCUUGUCUAUAGCAUUUUGGACCAAAAGUGGUGUCACUUCAACAUGUUAGGUGACAAACUUAUUCAUUUUAUACCAUCAAGGCAAAAUGUUUCCAGUAUGGUUGCUCAUGGAAAUUACUUAUACUUGUAUCUAUGCUCAAGUUUUCCGUAUCCGACGGAUAUGUUGAAGGUGAACGUUCUUGCUUUGGAUCUUCUGAAGGGGCAACCGACUCUUUAUUCCUUUAAAACAGGGGACUUCUACAAUCCAUGCUAUCGAACAACGUUAACCAAUCACAAAUCUGUACCCCCUGCCAUUGUUGCUUGUGGACCUCAUCUCUAUAUUAUUGGAAACAAGGAAGGCACUGGAAAUUUGUUUUUGUGCAACAUGAAUAACUCUCAGUACAGGUGCUUUCAAAUCCCAGGAGCAAGAUUUAUAUCUCUUGCUCGAAUGGCUGUAAAAAAUGAUCGUUAUAUCUUCCUGUGGUUUCGACACAGAACAGGGCCAUCAGAAGAAUUCUGCAUUAAAAAAUCAGUUGGAUUUGCAAUGUUUGACUCUAGAUCAAAAAUCUUUAAUUCUUGGGAAAUUUCCCCACCAGAAAUUUCCUACGAUGAAUUUGCUAAACCUUACACCCUUUGUGUUAGAGAUGAAACACUUUUGAUAUUCCUCCCAGGAAAACCAGCAUUGGUUUUGGAUGAAGUUCGCUGCAAAUGGAUCACUUCUCUGAGAAAGCUACCAAGCAUGGGCCUCCAAAUGGACAUUCAGACAGACUCCUACGGAUUUCAUAUACAAGCAGCAACAGACUCUGGCAUAUUUCUUCUAAGUAACGGUGCCCCUUUCACCACCUCUAUGACGGAAAUCAGCGAGAUGUUUCCGUCGGCCGUCAUCCACAAACCGCCGCCCAUUGACAACAUAUCUUUGGUGACUGCGGGACAGAUGAAUAGAUCUGAUAUCCAGGAACUUGAGUCUUUUUCCCGGUAUGACGACUCCUACACCUCAGCUCUCCAGGUCACCCUGAGGUUCUCGGACCAGGACACAGAGGAAAGCGGAACCUCACCCUCUGAUCAAGACUCAGACAAUGGCUACGAAUAUGAUGAUGACAUCUACGAUUAUGACUAUGACAUUGAUGGAGACUUUGGAUUCUAAGUCUUUAAUACCCUUUUUUGUAUUAUUUUGUUCAUUUGUAAAGCUUGAUACUAGAAUUGCAUGUUACUUCUGGCUUAUCAUAGAGGCACUCUGAUGUGUUCCAUCUUAUACAUGUAGGCCUCAUUUAUACAUGUAACAUAUGUUUUAGAAGACUUACUAUAAUAUAAUUAUUUUUUAUUUUAUAGAUUUCAUAAACAUCUGGACUAUUUUUACAACUCCAGUGCUUACAUAUACAUUUAUUUUGCAUUGUAAUGUACAGGUUAUGAGCUUAUGUACUUUUUGAAAAUCAUUACUAUUAUGAUGAUUUUC